AUGCUCAAUUCCUCCGCGGUUAUUGGAGAAGUGGCGCACUCGACAAGUACCGAACCUGCUCGCAUCGGACCGAAACGAGAUCGCCUCAAAGAUGGCGUCGACUGGAAGGCUCCAGCAAAAGAACUUGGACAGGCCAAGUCGUUGAAAUUCGCAUUGCUCUUUUGUCAACUUGGUUUGUCCAAUUUGUACCUUCGUCUCCGAGUCGUCUGCAGUGACCGUGUCAAGCAACCGAUAAUUUGCGUUGCCUCAUCCUCGGUCCGACCGGGCAGGGGACGGCCUUGCCAACGAACACGUCAGUUCUCAAGCAGGUCCAUUAACCUCAUGUACUUGGUCCCGAGUAAAGUGGCUCACUUGAUUCCGCUGAACGAGUGCGUGCAAUUGGAGCGCCCAAUCGCGCUACGUCGUCGCCUCUCCCUCGAGAGCCAAGACGACGUUUGUGCACGUCCUGUUUUGGCCGGCCGGCUUGGCGCUACCGACUCUUGCACGAGGUGGCGGGCACUUGGAAGAUGGCAAAUCGGG